CUAGACAAUAAACUUAUGUCAUAGCCUAGUAGUAGUAGUACUAGUGGUAUGUAAGCUUCACUAUGGUGCUCAUAUUCUAUAAAUUAUGCAGGUCAUAAUUUCUGAUAAUACUUUCAAGUGUUUGUCCAUAUCUGCCUUAUUUCUAUUCUAAUGUGUUUUGGUGAUCAUCUAAAAUAUCAUGGAAAUUGAAGAUUUUCAUCAGCAUGAAGUUGAUCACCAUAGAGUUCAUUUUAAUGAGGCAUCGGAUACUUUUGGCCAUGAUGCAGAUAUCGUUGUUCAUCCCAUGAAUGAUUCACAUAUUAACAUCCAUGUGGGUUUUUUACAGAUUUACCAUAGAUACGAAAUAUCCUUUGUGUUUCACAGUAGAGAGACAAUUGGACCACUUGCUGUAAGUAACCAGAAUCCUCCAAAUCUGAACUUGAGAGUCACUAAACUACAUUCAAUGAAUGGAAAGCAUGAUAAAUCAGAAAAACCAUAUCAAAUCACCUUGGAAUUCUUUGCAUACAAGGAGAAAUUAAUACGUGAACAAAUAGUGUUAGAAGCUUGUGACAGUUCAAGCUUCACUGUAACACUUCUAAUUCAUGCGCAAGUUCUUGGUAAAGGCAAAGGGACCCCAUUUUUGAAGAAUGAUGUCCAUUGCAUUGGUCAUGAAUUGGUUAAAGAAGGAUCAGAACACAGUGAUUGGCAAGGGUUUGACUGAUGGUUUAGUUAUGUCAAUGAACUGUUAAUGUAUGUAUUGGUUACAUAUGAUAACUAAAGAAAAUAAUAUGAGCUUAUUUAGGGAUAUUUAUAGCUAGCAUGGCUGUGUAGUCAGGAACUUUUAGAAAAGAAAAAGGAGUGUGCUGUUUGUUUCUGCCAUUUUGUCCCUUUUUGGAAAUAAUUCAAAUUAUCCCUAACAAGGGACUAGAUUUUGCAUUGGAUUCCAAAGCUCCUUGAUUAUUUUAAGUUGUAUUUAAAAAUUGAAGCAAAGCGUGCAUUAUGUUUCUUUAUUUCAUAAAACUAAAAUAAUGGAAUUCAUAAUGUGCUACAGUACUGUUGCAUGUAUGAUACAGUACAACAAAUCUAGUUGGAUUACCUUCAGAGUACAAAAACCUUAUCACAGAAAACUGACUUUUCUUGAGUUUAAUCUUUCAUAGUUUCUGAUUAGGCAGUGUAUGACUCAUCACAUUCAAGUAUAUUUAACUUGUAGAUGACUAGUCCUAUUUGUCAAGACAUUCAUUUUAUACUUUUCAUGUACUCAUCUUCUUUAAUCAUUGAAAAACUCAAAACAUUAGUUAUGCAUCAGUGAACCCUAUAGUGUGAUAAGUUCUGGGUUCCAUCGUGUGUGUGUGUAGAAUAAAAUCAGAAAACCAGAGUACUAAAUGAGCAAUUUUGUCCCCAUAGCAGGAGCCAUCAUACUUAUACCUCACUUGUGAGUGCCAUGGAAGCCAUUUUCAUCAUAUUUCUUCUGCUCGCCACUUUACACUCAGGGCAGGUGCACUGCUCUCCCUGCCCUAGUUAUGGCCUUGCAAAAACUUACAGGAUGUUAAAUAGAAUCAAAAUUGUUGUUUUUCUUUUUUUAUUGAAUAAUAUUUUUAGAAGUAUUUGCAUUUUGGCCAAUUUUGAGUAAGAAAUGUUAAUACUUAAAAUGUUACAUGUAAUUGUGCAAAGCUCUAAUCACAACAUACAGAUAAAUUAUAACCAAAACUACAUAUACUGUUGAAAAAAUGGAAAUUUAGAGUUAGAAAUUUGAUAAUUCAGCUUCUUGAUGAAGGACAUGGUAGAUUAUUGAAUGCUUUGCACAGUUUUAUACUUCUCAAUUACUUGCUAUUCAUUGUUGUACUCUGGUGGCUACCAGCUGCUGCAUUACUAAACUUUACAGGUGUAACUAAUUGAACUGUUUAGCCAUCAUGACUGAAAAGUCAAAGGUUUGGUAUAGUUGUGCUAUGGCUCACAUGAUUUACAUAGUAUAGUAUAAAAUGCUUUUGAAGACUACCUGCCCCCCUGCCAUCCAGUCAAAGAAACAAAGUGUUCAGGAUUUAUUUUCAUAUUAUCAACAAAAUUAUGUAAAUCUUCAUUCUGUAAAAAUCCAUACAGUUCUUAUUUUCUUUAGACAAAGUGUGAUGACUAAGUAAGAUAUUUUUAAUAAUAGGUCUAGGUAAUAUUUUUUCUGCUGUUAAAAUCUCAAACAAUUUUAUGUUAAAAGAAACAUCAAAAUGUAAGUGAACUGAGUUAGGACAAGUUAGAAAAAUGAAUCAGUUUAGUUCUUUUCCAGCAUCCAUGAAAACCUUGUGUAGACAACAUAACAUACUUGAUGGUUUAAAAUUAACCAUGGGUAAACAUUAUGCUUUAGUAAUCAUGAUUCUGUAAGAUUCUGUUCUCAGAGUUAAGUUUUUCCAGCCCCAAGUUGAUUGUAAGAGAAGAGAGAGAGUGUGUCACUUAAGCUAUAGUUUAACAUUACCAGAGUAACAUACAUAAAAAUUGGGUUUAGCUUUUCAGACAUACUAUUUUUAUAUUUAUCAGAUCGUUUUUAAACAUUUUUUAAUGUUAAUCAUCAGUGACAUUCAUUUAGUUGUUUGAUAUGUGUGUGUGUGUGUAUAUAAAGUAAUCUUUAUCUCUGAAUAGUAGCUGCAGUGAUAACUGCUUGUUACUGCUCAAUUUUAUCACAUCUUCAAAAUGUUGACACUUUUCAUGGUAUUUAAUGAAAUGAGCAUAUUUUUAAAUGUAACCUUUACAAUGACAUGCCAAAUUAUUUUUUACAAUGUUUCAACGAAACAAGACAAAGAAUGAAGGUGCCUCAAAACAUAGUUUUAAAAUCUUGAUAACAAAAACAAUCUCAAGAAAUUAUUAGUCAGUUUUCUUUAUUCUGAAUAAGAAUAAGAAUGAAUAAGAAUAUUGAAUAUGAAUAAGAAUAUUGGUCAAGAAUGCAUUCAUUUUAUUUUAAAAUAGAAUUGAAGUAGAUAUUUAUCUCUAGAUGCUUAUUGAAUUAUAACAUUCUAGUUUGUGCUAAAGUAAGAGAUAAAAAUAAAAUUCUAAGUAAAACUUUGGUAUUAGAAUAUGGUCAGUAAGUAAUUGUUAUGUGCAUUUUUUUUUAAUAAUUGAGGUAGAUAAAAUACUUUCUUGACUUAGUGUUGGAUUAAAUUUUUUCUUCUGGCUUAAACUGGGGUCUGAAAAUUUGGUUACUUUAUCAUUUUAUUUAUUUUCAGAUGAAAAACUGGUUUAUUUUAUUUCCCUGUUUUUCACAACAUGUUCACAUAUUUCAUGCAUUUAGUCUGUUACUUAAAUGUACAUGUAACUAUGAUGUGGUAUUCUUAGCUCAUGUUAAGAAACUGAUAAAAGCCAAUUUUAAACUUUAGUGAGAAAUGCAACAAAGUUACUGCAAUUGUACAAGGUGAGCAAGAAAAUUAACUUAAGUUUCUUAAUACCAGUGAGUAAUAUAAGAAUCCAUAUGAAAGUUGCAUACAGUACUAUAGGACCAGUAAAGUAAGAUUUGAAAAAGGAGUAAAUCUUAUUGCGAUAUAAUACCACACAUAUGCCAGUCACCAGAUCAUACUUUGUCAUCAUAAGGCAUUAUAUAACAUGAAAAAUUGAUACAAAAUUAUACUUCUGUUCUCUCAUAUGAGACAUUUAAACUAUGUAAGUGUGAACCAUUUACCUUCAUAAUUCAUGCCAAAUCUGAUCAUUAGGUACUCACAAAAACAUCUAAAAAUUAAUCUUGCAACAAACCAUUUAAUUAACUUUUAGCUCACUUUGUAUUUAGAAAAUCAGUAUUUAAUAUCCUUAUCCUGGCUGUUUUUCUAAACCCAGUUGUUAUUGUGACUAGUAGAUUGUGUUGUAAAAACUGUAUAUAUAAUAUUUCUGUGGUAUCUAAACAGUAAAUAAUUUGUAUACUGUGAUUUUGUUCAUCUAAAGAAAAAGCAACUUUACACAAAGAACCACCUUUUUCAGAGCCAAUUGUAAGAUUCUCUUAGGUAGGGUUGAACUGGGAAUAAGAAACUGACUAGCAUAAGACAAAUGUCUUUGGUAUGCUGUAAAUCCAUAUAAACUGAUUUGCAGCUACCAAAAUAAGAUUCAGUAGUUCUACAGUAUGCAAUGUUAUAUAUAAAGGAAUAUUUUUCAACAUUGUUAACACAGUUUCUUUUCUAACUUUCAAUCAUGGUAGGUUGUUUCUUCUGUGUGAGAAUUUAAAUAUUCUUAGUCAUACUUUCACAUUAAAGAGUAAUUUGAAGUUUACAUUAAUCAAGUUAAUAGUCACAAGUGUUUUAACUAGCGGGUAGGUUGUUACUUAGUACAGAUAUACUAUUCAUAAUUUAAUCCAUUGGAAAUGUACAAAAAUAUUGACUUAGACUUGUAGAUAUAAAAAAAAAGUGAAGUUUUGGGGCAGGUGUUUCACCACUACCAUCUAUAUUUUUAUAACUUGGAAAAACUGAAUUUCAAAAUUUCCACUCAUGUUUUUCUAUAUUCAGAUCAUGAUUUAGAUAUUGUUAUUUGAUACUAUAAAGAAUGUAUUAGUUUGUAUAAUAGCAGAUUUUUUUGGCUUGGGUAAAUUAUUGAAAUUUACCAUUCUUCCACUUUGAUGAAUUAAUGUUUUUUUUUUUAGAAUUUUGUUGACAUUUUAAUAUUCAGUCUGCUCACUGAUAUAUUUACCAUCUUAAUAAAGACCUUGCACUUAAA